GCGCCUGGACGCCUGAGUCGCCGUUCCGCUCGACCUCCGCGCGGGGGAAGGACCGGCGCCGCGCGGCCGCGCUAGAAUGGAGGUACCCAGCGGCAGCGGCAGCGGCGGCGGCGGCCGCCCCAGCGGCGACGGGGCAGGGGACGGUGCCCAUCCGGAUCCCCGGACCUCCGGCGCCUCUGCGCCCAGCUCCGGCCCGUGCGCGGCCGCCCGGGAGUCGGAGCGCCAGCUGCGCCUCCGCCUGUGCGUCCUCAAUGAGAUCCUGGGCACCGAGAGGGACUACGUGGGCACCUUGCGCUUCCUGCAGUCGGCAUUCCUGCAUCGCAUCCGGCAGAACGUGGCGGACUCCGUGGAGAAGGGCCUCACGGAGGACAAUGUCAAGAUCCUGUUCUCUAACAUCGAAGAUAUCCUGGAAGUUCAUAAGGAUUUCUUGGCCGCCUUGGAGUACUGUUUACACCCAGAGCCUCAGUCUCAGCAUGAACUUGGGAACGUUUUCUUAAGAUUCAAGGACAAGUUCUGCGUGUACGAGGAAUAUUGCAGCAACCACGAGAAGGCCCUGAGGCUGCUGGUGGAGCUGAACAAGAUCCCCACUGUGCGCGCCUUUCUGUUGAGCUGCAUGCUUCUGGGGGGCCGGAAGACUACGGACAUCCCUUUGGAGGGCUACCUGUUGUCUCCGAUUCAGAGGAUCUGCAAGUACCCGCUCCUCCUUAAGGAGCUGGCCAAGAGGACCCCCGGCAAACACCCGGACCACCAUGCAGUCCAGAGCGCCCUGCAGGCCAUGAAGACCGUUUGCUCCAACAUCAACGAGACCAAGAGGCAGAUGGAGAAGCUGGAAGCCCUGGAGCAGCUGCAGGCCCACAUUGAAGGCUGGGAGGGCUCCAACCUCACCGACAUCUGCACCCAGCUCCUCCUGCAAGGGACGUUGUUAAAAAUCUCCGCAGGCAACAUCCAGGAGAGGGCCUUCUUCCUCUUCGACAACCUCCUGGUCUACUGCAAGCGGAAAUCCAGGGUCACUGGGAGCAAGAAGUCCACCAAGAGGACCAAAUCCAUCAACGGCUCCCUGUAUAUCUUCCGGGGUCGGAUCAACACCGAGGUCAUGGAGGUGGAGAACGUGGAAGACGGGACAGCGGAUUAUCACAGCAAUGGCUACACUGUCACCAAUGGCUGGAAGAUCCACAACACGGCCAAGAACAAGUGGUUUGUCUGCAUGGCCAAGACGGCGGAGGAGAAGCAGAAGUGGCUGGACGCCAUCAUCCGCGAGCGGGAGCAGCGUGAGAGCCUGAAGCUGGGCAUGGAGCGCGACGCCUACGUCAUGAUUGCGGAGAAGGGGGAGAAGCUGUACCACAUGAUGAUGAACAAGAAGGUGAACCUGAUCAAGGACCGCCGGAGAAAGCUGAGCACCGUCCCCAAGUGCUUCCUCGGCAAUGAGUUCGUUGCCUGGCUCCUGGAAAUUGGCGAAAUCAGCAAGAUGGAAGAAGGAGUGAACUUGGGCCAAGCCCUGCUGGAGAAUGGUAUUAUCCACCAUGUUUCUGACAAGCACCAGUUCAAGAAUGAGCAGGUGAUGUAUCGCUUCCGCUAUGACGAUGGCACCUUCAAGGCGCGGAGUGAGCUGGAGGAUAUCAUGUCCAAGGGUGUGAGGCUUUACUGCCGUCUUCACAGCCUCUACACCCCCGUGAUCAAAGACCGCGACUACCACCUGAAGACCUACAAGUCGGUGCUGCCUGGGAGCAAGCUGGUGGACUGGCUCCUGGCCCAGGGUGACUGCCAGACUCGGGAGGAGGCCGUGGCGCUUGGCGUGGGCCUGUGCAACAAUGGCUUCAUGCACCACGUGCUGGAGAAGAGCGAGUUCAAGGAUGAGUCCCAGUACUUCCGCUUCCACGCGGACGAGGAGAUGGAGGGAACCAGCAGCAAGAACAAACAGCUUCGCAACGACUUCAAGCUGGUGGAGAACAUUCUGGCCAAGCGCUUGCUGAUCCUGCCCCAGGAGGAAGACUACGGCUUCGACAUCGAGGAGAAGAACAAGGCUGUGGUGGUGAAGUCGGUCCAGAGGGGCUCGCUGGCUGAGACGGCCGGCCUGCAGGUGGGGAGGAAGAUCUACUCCGUCAACGAGGACCUGGUGUUCCUGCGGCCCUUCUCGGAGGUGGAGACCAUCCUCAACCAGUCCUUCUGCUCCCGCCGCCCGCUGCGCCUGCUGGUGGCCACCAAGGCCAAAGAGAUCGUCAAAGUCCCCGACCAGCCAGAGUCACUGUGCUUCCAGAUCCGUGGGGCUGCCCCGCCAUACGUCUAUGCUGUUGGGAGAGGCUCAGAGGCCGUGGCCGCAGGGCUCUGUGCUGGUCAGUGUAUCCUGAAGGUCAACGGCAACAAUGUGAUGAACGAUGGGGCCCCUGAGGUCCUGGAGCACUUCCAGGCAUUCCGGAGUCGACGAGAAGAGGCCCUGGGCCUGUACCAGUGGAUCUACCACACGCACGAGGACGCCCAGGAGGCACGGGCCAGCCAGGAGGCCCCCGGCGAGGACCCCAGUGGCCAGGUGGACCAGGAGGAAGACCGGCCUGAUGCAGGCUUCCCUCUGCUGUCCCUGGGUCCCCAGCUGAGCCUGCACGAGGACAGCCCCGUGGUCAGCCUGACGGUGGACAACAUGCACCUGGAGCACGGCGUGGUGUACGAGUACGUGAGCACAGCGGGCGCCAGGUGCCACGUGCUGGAGAAGAUCGUGGAGCCCCACGGCUGCUUCGGUCUCGCUGCCAAGAUCCUCGAGGCCUUUGCUGCCGACGACAGUGUCUUCGUACAGAACUGUGGGCGACUCAUGGCCCUGAGCAGUGCCAUGGUGACCAUGCUUCACUUUGAGUUCCGCAGCAUCUGCGACACCAAGCUGGAGCGCAUCGGCCAGAGGAUCGCCUGCUACCGGGAGUUUGCAGCCCAGCUGAAGAGCAGGGUCAGCCCACCCUUCAAACAAGCACCCCUGGAGCCCCAUCCACUGUGUGGCCUGGACUUCUGCCCCACCAAUUGCCACAUCAACCUCAUGGAAGUGUCCUACCCCAAGACCACCCCCUCGGUUGGCAGGUCCUUCAGCAUCCGCUUUGGCCGCAAACCCUCCCUCAUCGGCCUUGACCCGGAGCAAGGCCACCUGAACCCCAUGUCCUACACCCAGCACUGCAUCACCACCAUGGCUGCCCCGUCCUGGAAGUGCUUGCCUGCUGCAGACGAAGACGCCCAAGGCCAGGGUCUCAAUGACAGUGGCUUUGGGCCGGCCAAUGGGGCCCUUGGGCAGGAGGACCGGGGCCUGAGCUUCCUGCUCAGGCAGGAGGACCGUGAGAUCCAGGACGCCUACCUGCAGCUCUUCACCAGGCUGGACGUGGCCCUGAAGGAGAUGAAGCAAUACGUCUCCCAGAUCAACAGGCUGCUGUCCACCAUCACGGAGCCAACCUCGGGGGGGUCCUGUGACCCGCCCUUGUCUGAGGAGGCCUCCUCCUCCCCCCUGGUCAGUGACGAGAGUGAGAUGGACAGGGCUGACCACGGGGCCAUGAAGAAAGUGUGCUUCAAGGUGUCCGAGGAGGACCAGGAGGACUCGGGCCACGACACCAUGAGCUACCGCGACUCCUACAGCGAGUGUAACAGCAAUCGGGACUCGGUCCUGUCCUAUACCAGCGUGAGAAGUAACAGCUCCUACCUGGGCAGCGACGAGAUGGGGUCUGGGGAUGAGCUGCCCUGUGACAUGCGGAUCCCAUCGGACAAGCAGGACAAGCUUCAUGGCUGCCUAGAGCAUCUCUUUAACCAGGUGGACUCCAUCAACGCACUCCUCAAAGGGCCAGUGAUGAGCAGAGCUUUCGAAGAGACCAAGCAUUUCCCCAUGGACCACAGCUUGCAAGAGUUCAAACAGAAAGAAGAGUGUACGAUCCGUGGCCGGAGCUUGAUCCAGAUCAGCAUCCAGGAGGACCCCUGGAACCUCCCCAACUCCAUCAAGACCCUGGUGGACAACAUCCAGAGACACGUGGAAGAUGGGAAGAACCAGCUACUCUUGGCCUUGCUGAAAUGCACAGACACGGAGCUGCAGCUGCGCAGGGACGCCGUCUUCUGCCAGGCCCUGGUGGCCGCCGUGUGCACCUUCUCCGAGCAGCUGCUGGCGGCCCUCAGCUACCGCUACAACAACAACGGCGAGUACGAGGAGAGCAGCCGCGACGCCAGCCGCAAGUGGCUGGAGCAGGUGGCGGCCACGGGCGUCCUGCUGCACUGGCAGUCCCUGCUCUCGCCGGCCACUGUGAAGGAGGAGCGGACCAUGCUGGAGGACAUCUGGGUGACCCUGUCGGAGCUAGACAACGUCACCUUCUCCUUUAAGCAGCUGGAUGAGAACUACGUGGCCAACGCCAACAUCUUCUACCACAUUGAGGGCUGCCGGCAGGCGCUGAAGGUCAUCUUCCACCUCGACAGCUACCACUUCUCCAAGUUGCCCUCCCGCCUGGAGGGCGGGGCCAGCCUGAGGCUGCACACGGUGCUCUUCACGAAAGCCUUGGAGAAUGUGGAGGGGCCACCUCCUCUAGGCAGCCAGGCUGGGGAAGAUUUGCAGCAGGAGAUCAACUCGCAGUCCCUGGAGAAAGUGCAGCAGUAUUACCGCAAACUCAGGGCGUUUUACCUGGAACGGUCUAACCUGCCCACGGAUGCCAGCACCACGGCGGUGAAGAUAGACCAGCUGAUACGCCCCAUCAACGCCCUGGACGAGCUCUGCCGCCUCAUGAAGUCCUUCGUCCACCCCAAGCCUGGGGCUGGGGGGAGCUUGGGCGCCGGCCUCAUCCCCAUCUCCUCGGAGCUCUGCUACCGCCUGGGGGCUUGCCAGAUCGCCAUGUGCGGCACAGGCAUGCAGAGGAGCACCCUGAGCGUCUCCCUGGAGCAGGCGGCCGUCUUGGCGCGGAGCCACGGGCUGCUGCCCAAGUGCAUCAUGCAGGCCACGGACAUCAUGCGCAAGCAGGGCCCCAGGGUGGAAAUUCUGGCCAAAAACCUGCGAGUCAAGGAUCAGAUGCCGCAAGGCGCCCCUCGCAGUGGCCCCAUCUUGCUCAGAGAUAAAGCCCGGUGUCGUCCCAGCGCAGCCCCGUGUGCUGCACGCAGAGGUCCCCAGGACGGAUUCAGUGGAAAAACGGGAGGGGCAGAGUGCGGUGUCUAGCUGGCCACUACUAGUGUGGAAAAGUGCUCCCGCCCGCACACACACCUGAACACACGCAUGUGCACGUGCAGACAUGUCUUCAUUUGUAAACGCCUCGCCAGUCUUAGGGAGGGCAGAGGCUGGCCGUGGGGAGGGACAUGGGAAGCAUAAAUAUUUUUCACCCUGCAUCUUCUUAUCCCUGUGGAGGUUUGAUUUCUGGGCAUGCAUUACGUGUCCACGUAGAAAUGGAAAUAAUAACGCUAGUAGGCUGCGGCCUGCCCAGGCCACGGCUCACAUGCUUUGCCUCUGCCCACCAGCCUCUACCGCCUCUGCCAGCCGCCGGUGGACGGAGACCUUUGAACACCCAGGUGCCCCAUGCUGGGCUGUGUCCUCUGGAGCUGGGAUUGGGGAGGACACGGGACAGUGCCGGCCUUCCCAGAGACGGCCCGAGGCAUCGCUGCCACCUGCUCUGGGAUCUGUCCAGAUUCCUCCACUGCCUCCCUCGAGGACAAGCCUGGGCCCCCGCUCUUCGACGAACUGGCUGAUCAGCCCUGGACUGCCACAUGCUCCACCUUCUGCCAGAAGCCAGAGGGGUGCCGGAGACCCACAGGCUGAUGGGGCCACCAGGGCCUGGGCCCCUGCCUCCAAGUCCCCAGGACACGGGAAAGUCUUGGGGUGCCACAGCUGGAAGCCCACAGACCCAGCCCCAUCGGGAUGGCUCAGCCUGCACUUUUGAAGCCCCUGGUUCCUUCUAAUCCACAUUCCAGGAGACCACACGUGUCUCCUCCUCCUGCCCGUAGCUUCCAGAGUCACCCCUAACCCUGUACUAACCUGCCUGGUGGACCCGGAAGAGCCAGGCCUCUGCCAGGAGAGAUGGAGACGGCCCCACACCUGCCGCCACGAGGACCCCUGAAGGCCACACCAGCUUCUCACAUCAUGGCCACUGGACUUUGAGCCAUCAGCCCUGGGCACGAGAUUUGCUCCGACUUUUAUUUAUAUGGCGUGAAAUCUCUGGUUUAUUUGGGGAUUUUUUGUUGUUGGUGUUGUCCAGAUUUUUUUUUUUUUCUAAAGUUGUGUGAUUAUAUAUUUGACAUUUUAAAUUUCAAAGAAAGGUAUAUUGUCUAACAGGGACCAACAUAAGGUAGCAUUGACAACUUUUCCCAGUUCUACUAAAAAAAAAAGAAAAAAAGAAAAACUAAAUUAUUGAAAAUUUUAAAAAUGUCAGUAUUUCUUCUUUUUUAAUAGUAGGGUCAUAAGGUGUUACAGGCAUCGAUUGUGAUUCCUGUUCCCGCCCACCCUCAGUUCUCUAGCCGCUGGUCAGUGUUAGGACUUCGUUCUCUGAAUGCCCGGCGGCAGGGGUCUGAGAGGUGGCCAGGGUGGGGCUGGAGGGAUUGAACCACACCAGCGAUGCAUCUCACACAGGUAGAAGGGCCGCUGGGACAUGCUGGUGGUGGCUUCUGUAAUUUAUUUUUUGAGGUUAGCUUCUCAGAGCAGGGCAUUUGGGACUUCUCGGCCAGCCAGAGAGCAGGAAGCCACCCUGCCCACCUUGUGGGAGGAAGGACCUACACAGGGACCCCGCAGCUUCUGUAGGCCUGCGGGGAAAUGUCCUCGCUGAGGAGGAAGGGAGGGACUGUUUGGUCUGGUGGGUGAGAUGGGGCGUGGGGUUCCUGCUGCCCUUGAGGCCAAGGGGCUUGAAGCUCCACCAGCAUCUUGGCCACCUCCGCCCCCAGGGGCCACCUUCCCUCUCUUGCCGCUGCACAGGAUAGUAAGCGGUGGCCUUGACGCUGUAUCUUGUGGCAGAUACAAACGAGGACCCGCUUUAGCCUGUUGUGGAAAACGGAGAAGGGCCCCUAGGGCCAGGGCAUCGUGCACUGGUUUACUUUAAAAUGUACAGAGUCUUCUCGUUAAAUUCAUGAUAGAUUUUUUUAUUGUUAUUAAAAGUCAGUUUAUAAUACAAAA